GGGAAACAGUGUAACUUUUACCACUGCGCUGAUAGCACCAAGAAGUUGAAAAGAGUGACAUUUUGGUUUUUGAAGUAAAAACAAAAAAAGGAUGGGCUGGACGUUUGUGCACCUGCUGAUUUUGAUGACACUCAGCUGUCUGGCUGAAGAUAAGAAAAAGGUUUCUGUUUCCUGCCCAGACUUUCAGAAGGCCUUUGGAGGCUCCUGCUAUGAGUUUGUGGAUGUACAGCAUACUUUUUUCAGUGCGCAGGCUUGGUGUGAGCAGCGUGGUGGACACCUUGCAUUUAUCCCAGAUGAAGAAACUCAAUAUUUCCUUAAAAGAUUCUUGGAUCCCAAGAAGGAUGUGUGGCUUGGAGUUGCACUUUCUUCCUUUCCAAACCUGCAAUGUUCUUCAACUGUUGAAGGUGCUCUCUCUUGGCUGGAUGGUUCACAUAUCACCUAUUCAAACUGGGUGAGCAGCCCGCAGCUAGGAGCAGCCUGUGGACACAUACUGAAAGACUCUGGCUUCCAAUGGAAAGCCACAAGAGACUGCAAUCAAAAACUGCACUUUAUCUGUCAGUUUGACUCUGGGAGAUCCAUCGUGUGUGCAGGUCGUAACGCCACUCUGCAGUGCGGUUCUCAUCAAGUCCUAAUGAUAGAUGUUGGCUUCUACGGUCGUAAGAACAUCCAUUACUGUCGAUCCACGCUCUCCCCACUAUCACCAUUAACAGAACAUCAGUGUGGCUGGGUGGAUGUUGUUGCAUCAUUAACAGCUCACUGCCACAGCCGUCAGAUCUGCCAGAUUGCUGACGUUGUGGACUCCUUUGAUGACCCCUGUCCACAGCUGGGGAGCUACUUGUCUGUAGACUACCACUGCAAAGAUGGUACAAAUGUGACCUACCGAAUCCAGAGUGAGGAACAUUUGUUGUCAAACAUAUCUGUGUUCAGAGGAAAUGUACCCCAGAACAUCACAGUGGCUCCAGAAAGGAUGAAGCAGCUAGGGCCUGGCUGCCACCAGCUGACCCUUUCUGCAUCUAACACGGUCACGUUCCCUGAAAUUUCCACAGGCCUGCAAACAUCAUCGUCUAAAGAGACAUCCGAUCCAACAGAUGAGAACGAAAACCCAGUUACCAACCCAGUCACCAACCCAGUCACCAACCCAGUUACCAACCCAGUCACCAACCCAGUCACCAACCCAGUUACCAACCCAGUUACCAACCCAGUCACCAACCCAGUGACCAACCCAGUUACCAACCCAGUUACCAACCCAGUAACCGCCAGUACAACAGCAAAAGAAAAACCAAAUACCACCGCUGGUCCUGCUUCUACGUCACCUGUCACUGCUGGUUACACCACCAGCACCCCUGUCAUUGCUGGUCCUGCUUCUACAUCACCCGUCACUGCUAGUUACACCACCGAGACCCCUGUCAUCGCUGGUCCUGCAUCUACAUCACCUGGCACUACUAGUUACACCACCAACAACCUUGUCAUCGCUGGUCCUGCUUCUACAUCCCCUGUCACUGCUAGUUACACCACCAGCACCCCUGUCACCGCUGGUGCAGGAUUUUACAGCUGCCUCAGGCUCUUCAGAAGAUCUUGA